CGGUCUGAGCGGAAGUAGGUACGUGGCCGCUUCAGCUGACAGUCUGCAUGAUGGCGACCGAGGUUCAGAGCGGCGACCUCGACACUGCUUCUUCCAGCCGGCUCGAGGUCUCCAUCGACGGCCUCACCCUCAGUCCGGACCCGGAGGGCGAGCAGGGCCAGGUGGAGGAGCCGGAGCCCGAACCCGCGGAGCCCGAGCCCGAGACGCCGGGAGCCGCUGUGGGCGAAGAUGGAGAGAGUGGCAAAUCCGCGAUAGAGGCGAAAUGGGGCUUUCCUCUACUGGAGCUCUACGGAAUGGCGCUGAAAUUCUUCAAAGAUAAAGAUGGCAAGGCCUUCCACCCGACCUACGAGGAGAAGCUUCGGCUGGUGGCGCUCCACAAACAGGUGUUGCUCGGCCCCUAUAAUCCUGACGCUUCGCCUGAGGUCGGAUUCUUUGAUGUCCUAGGAAACGACCGCAGGAAAGAGUGGGCCGCCCUGGGUAACAUGGAGAAGGAGGAUACCAUGGUGGAGUUCGUCAAGCUGCUUAACAAAUGCUGUAACCUCUUUGCUCCCUACGUCACAUCACACAAGAUUGAGAGGGAGGAGCAGGAGAGGAAAAGGCAAGAGGAGGAGGAGCGUCAGCAGAGAGAAGAGGAGGAGAGGGAGCGUCAAAGACAGGAGGAGGAGAGACGGAGGCUUGAGGAGGAGGAGAGGCUUAGGAGAGAGGAAGAGGAAAGGAGACAGGCAGAGGAUGAGAGGCUACGGAUUGAGCAGCAGAAACAACAGAUAAUGGCAGCCCUGAAUGCCCAGACAGCCGUGCAGUUCCAGCAGUACGCUGCCCAGCAGUACCCCGACAGCACAGAGCAGCAGCUCUGCCUCAUCCGUCAACUCCAGGAGCAGCACUACCAGCAGUACAUGCAGCAGCUCUACCAGGUGCAGCUGGCCCAGCAACAGGCAGCCUUACAGAAGCAGCAGCAGGAGGCUGAUAUGACCGUGCAGGGGACGCUGGAUUCCAGCAACUUCAACAGCGGUGACCAUGUUCCCGCCUCAGCAGCGGGACCGUUGUGUGCAGCUUUACCUGGCGGCGAGGAAACCCCGACGGUCAACGGAGGCCAUUCAGACUCGUACUCUGAGAGCAUGGACCGAGAGCCAGAGCCUGAUCCGGCAGAGGAGGUCUCAGAGAACGGACCUUUAUUAGCAGACUCCCCACCAGUCAUAGCUGCUCCCUCCAUGUGGACACGGCCACAGAUCAAGGACUUCAAGGAGAAGAUACGGCAGGACGCAGACAGUGUGAUCACGGUGGGGCGCGGCGAGGUGGUGACGGUGCGGGUCCCCACCCACGAGGAGGGCUCCUACCUGUUCUGGGAGUUUGCCACGGACUAUUAUGACAUCGGCUUUGGGGUCUUCUUCGAGUGGACGGACGCGGCCUCUGCUUCAGUUAGUGUGCAUGUGUCGGAGUCCAGUGACGAGGACGAGGAUGAGGAAGGAGAACCUCCUAGUGAGGAGGAGAAGGCAAAGAAGGAGGCAGGGAAGCCCCAGGUGGACGAGAUUGUGCCGGUGUACCGGCGGGACUGUCAUGAGGAGGUGUACGCCGGAAGCCACCAGUACCCCGGCCGUGGAGUCUACCUACUGAAGUUCGACAACUCCUAUUCACUCUGGCGCUCCAAGAGUGUUUACUACAGAGUCUACUACACCAGAUAAGCCUGAAAACAGACACAGGGGGGAGCCAAGGAGUGUGUAUGUUCAUAUAUCUAUAUGUGUAUGUGAGAGUGUGUCUGUGUUGGUGGAGAUUUGUGCGAUGGCAGCCUGUGUGUGAAGGAGAAUGUGCUACCAGAUAUGUUCUGGACAAAACCACCAGAGGGAGACAAAGAGGCACAUGUGGAGCCCGAGUCUGGAGAUUCAACUAAUAUGUUUGUACUGUGUGUGUGUGUGUGUGUGUCUCUGCGUGUCCCAAGAUGCACCCAUGCUAGAUCCUGACAUCUAGCCCAUGGAGGAGGAGUGUGUAUUCCUGUUGUAUAUUCACCACCUGUCUUCGCUGCGCUCACGUAGACCAAGCUGUAAGACCUGGCUCUCAUGUUGUAUUCUACCGCUCUUCACCCUGGGCUCCUCUCAUGUCAACACCCCGGCCCGACACUGUCCAACGUGGCCUUGCGGCUGCUUCUGCCCCUGAGUAGUGUUUUCAUGACCAGGAGCGGACACCAGGCGACUGUGCCAGCCAAACGUUUCCAGUUUGGCGGUAACAGCGGUUGUUUAUCCCACAAGAACACAGACAAUGUUGAAAGUCCUGCUAUACUGAACAUGUACUGCCUGACACUAUAACGUUUUUUUUCUCAGAGAGCUGCUGGUCUUUGCCAAGUCUUACUAACACUUUACAAAAACAACUGUACACACACGUCAUCAUGUUUUUUAAGUAGUCCGUCAUUCUUUUCCCUAGUUACAAUGCAUAUACGAAGACCUGAGGAGAGGUUCUGUGGAGGCAGUGCUCUUCUUGGCCUAUUGUCAUGCAGAUGUCACCUUUUAGUUGCUGCUACAUUUUCAUCAGGGCAUCAGGAGUGGCUUUCUUCUUUUUUUUUAGAUUAGAGUUUGCUGGCAGAAUUUAUGAAGGACGGGCAAGAAGGCGUCGCAGGAUUUAGCAGAAGCUCCAAAUGAAGUCAUGGGUGUUAAUUGAGGGAGUAUAACAUAACAAACACAUGGUUACAGUAUGGCUGUGGGUCUAAACUCAAACAUCUCAGUGUGUGAUGCAGAUUAAAAGAUUUAAAAACCGAUUGUUUUCUCCUACAAAUAUUUUUCUGUGUAAUGCCAUUUCAAUUUUAUUCCACCUUCCAGCUCUCUUGUUGAGAGUCCCUGUUUUUAUGGUUACACCAAAUGGAUAUGACGUUAAUUCGUCAAAAGAAGGAGGGCAGUGUAUUAAGACAGAUGUUGUAUUGCUGGGAGCUGUUUGUGUUGCGUGUGGGGAGCGGCUGUACUGUGACACAUCUAACAAUAAAAACUCAAUUAUUCGGAGGUCAUGACAUGUUGUCACAUCUCUGCAGCGCUCGAACAACAACACAACGCAGAAUACAGCGCUGGUCGUCCAGGCUUGUUUCCAACUUGUCACCGCAGACAUUGUGUCGUGAAAUAAACUACGAUGAUAUUACACUUCUAAUUGUGUCUUGGGUGACGUGGUCGCUUACUUACUAGGUGGUGACAUCAAAAUGUAUUCCACUUUCCUUUUCUAAUUUGUUUUUUGUUACUGCCAUAAUUAAGAUUCACCAUGUUGUUUGGUUUCAAAUUUAAUAUGCACGUUUCUUUUCUGUACCCUCCAACUGGUGCAUUAUGAGCAGUGCUCUAUCAACUGUGGGAGUCUGACCGUUGCUUAUUGAAUGGGGGGGGGGGGGGGUCUUCACUGGGCAUCAGAGACAUUUGGUUUCAGCUUGCAACACUUCUUGAGCUGUGUUUGUUCAUUUCUAUGUAUGUACGCAACCAAACCUCAAAGACGCAGAGGUGAAGUAUCCUGCAAGUGGGUUACUCCUCCUCUGUCCUUUUUGGAUUUGGUAUAUUAUUUAAUUGGAGGCCGCUCACGCCUCCUGCCCGUUCGGUGAAUAUUGUAAGGUCACUUCCUAUGGCUCAAACCAAGCCAUAGAGUUCAAACAAGUUCCCAUAUCUUCUGAUGUGCGAUGUUGGUUUUCUCUUUCUUUUUACUUCUUAAGUUUCUAAUUGCUCACCGAAUGGUUUGAGUCGACUUGUUCAAGCCUUGUAUGUAAAUAAUUCUACAAAAUGACUAUGUAUGGGUUUUUAGAUGUGGAGGGAGGCUAUUGUUUCGAGAAUAAAUGCACUGUAAAAUAUGGUGAAUGAGAGAUGUAUGCAUUUUACCCUGAAUGAAAGUCCCAAAUUCACAGGAAGUAUAAAACUGCUAAGGCUCUAUUGACAUGACAGAGAAGCUUGUCUUUUUUGUAUUGUUUUGACUUGUUUGAAUCUCUUCUGAGUUGGGCCGUAUAUUUAAUCUUGAUUAAACUUAUGUUCAUGUCUAGAACUGGACAGUUUA